CACUUCCUCGUUUCUUAAACAUUAACCAGUGAUGCUUCAAACUCUGCGAUCUGUUUUCCGAAAGUGCACUGGCACUCCAACUUUGAACCCGUUCCGAAUAUACACCCGUAAUAUGGGCAGUUUAAUGAGAGAAAACCGCUCCAUCCAUUCUGACAACAUUCCGGACGUUCAUCUCAUCCCGAUGGAUGUGAUCACACGACCCAUCCCGUCAGUGUUAGAAGAGCAGAAGGUCCAAAGUCUCAUGACGAGCAUACAGGGAGGAUCAGGAAUCUCAGUUGUGCCUCCUAUAGAUGUAUUGUGGAUCACCGGAGAAAAGGGUGGAAAUUAUUACUAUUCUUUUGGAGGCUGCCAUCGGUUUGCUGCCUAUCAGAGGUUAGAGAUGACAUCCAUACCAGCCAAGAUUAUCAAAUCAAACAUCUCAGACCUGCGGACCUACCUGGGAGCAUCAACGCCAAAUCUACAGUGACUUUUAUAAUAGUUUUUCAUUUAUUUAUAGUAUAUCUAUUUAUCUAUUCUAUGUAAAAUAUUCUUUAGCAAACAUGUUUAUACUUUGAAAAUGAUUUAUUUAGGGAUUAUAGUAAUGGGAAAAUUCAUACAUCCCUUUGGAAACAUGGAAAGAAGAGAGAAGAUACAGAUUCUCAGAUACAUAGCACCUACAGAUUUGAAGCGAUUUUCACCAAAUUAAUAUUUCAAGGUUUUUUAUCCCCAAAAUAUGUUUCUGAGAAGACAAUCUGACAUUUAAUCCUAGUUAGUAUACUGUGGAUCAGUCACCAUGACUAAACAGAUCUCCUUUAUCUGCAAACUUUCCGUCUCACCACUAGAUGGAAGCGUUAUAACACCAUGAGAGAGAUAUAUGAACAUGCUUGUGAAAAGUUCCUAAUCUCAUUAUGGCGUUAUGAGAUUUAAACCUGGAUUUUACAGACAGGGUGACAUUUUCUUCCAACGAUGUGGCCCACAGAACAGAUUGUCAAACUGUUCAUAACAAAACUUUGUUUCCCGUACUUAACACAACUGGGCUAACUCUUCAGAUAAUUGAGUUUUUUUACAAAGUCAUGGGAUGCACAUACUUGUAAACAACGAAUAAACUCACAAAUGGAUAUAUUUAUGCACCCAAAAUGCAUUAAAGGGACAGUAACCCCCCCCAAAAAAAUAUGUAAUAGUUUACUCACCCUCAGUUAUCUCAUUUCGUGUUAAACAGAACAAAAAAUAAAUAAAAAUCCCAAAUUCUAUGGAAGUGGAGGAUGUUUCAGAACUGAAAAUUGCUCACAUUCUUACAGAUAUCUUUCUUUGUUUUCAACAAAACAAAGUAAUUUACACAGGUUUGAAACAACCUGAGGGUUAGUAAAUGAUGACAUCAUUUGCAAUAUUGGGUGAACUAUCCCUUUAAAAGUGAUGAGGUACCAUGCAGAUUAUAUUCUUAUUUUUUUAGAUCAAAUUUGUAGACUACUUUACUUUUUAUUCUGUAAAUAAAAAAAUGUUUAUUUAAAAAGUAAUGGGUUGGAAUAGUGAAUGGAUUUGUUUUCAGACCUCUCCGACCCAUGAUGGUUUUAUACUCCAGUUAAAACAGCUGUCAUUUCAACUUCUUAUGCCAAACCACAGUAUGAACAUCCACAAGAUGACCACAGGCGUGUGCUGACCACUAGACUUAUAUACUGUGCUUUCUGGACCGGAAGCCUUGAAAAUGGGCCACAAGAGGUUUCACAGUAGAUGUUGUCUGUUACAGUCAGAUUCAUAACAUUUUUUUCUCCUCAUACUUUGUCCUUUUGUUUUGAAUCACUUUUGUACUUUUACAACUAGAGCUAAACACAAUCUGCCCAUAGAAACAGCAAUUAAAGUUGUUGGCGCACCUGUUGAUCAUCACAAUUUAUUGUAAUAACUACAAAUUUUGUUCUGUUUAUUUUAAACAUUAAACGUUUUUUAAAACCUA